ACAUUUUUUCAGCAAACACAAAAUAUAUGCGGUCUUACUAAUUAACAGUGGAGUGGACCACUUCUUGAAAGAUGGUUAUCUUUAACAGUCAGGAAAAUGGGGGAUAUACGUUUACGGAACUGGAAAUUUUGGAUUAGUUAAAAGAGCUAAGACAGAGGCAGAAACAUCACGCUAAACGGGAAAUGCCAAAUGAAGUUCAAUCUCCGGGGCUUUCUGGUGUGCAUCAUUACUGACCAAACAAUAUACAGUAAAGGAGAUCUCGAAAGCCCAAAUUCUCACAUUUUCUUAGUGGAGGUUUAUAGUGUAAAUCCCCCCUUUAUUCUGACAACUAUAUAACGUUGCGAAGAAGCCGAAAAAAUCAUUUCGAUUGUCAUUAGCAGACCCUUAAAAGAAAAUAUUCAAAAUGGCAAAGUUCGUAAUUUAUCUUAUUUCACUUUUUCCUUACAAAAUUCAAGCUUCGUUGUGCCCUGAAGCUUGUAAUUGCAACGAUAUGGACGUAUUUUGUUCUAACAGUGGAUUGACCUACGUACCCCAGAUUCUCGGAACACAUUCACCGGCGCAAUAUUUGAGUUUAGGGGGCAACUUCAUCCGGUCUGUUGGCACCGGUGACUUCUUAUUUUACACGCAACUGAACAGACUGGAUCUUCAAUACAAUGUCAUCAGCAGUAUCCAACCUCGUUCCUUUGAAUCGCUAAAAAAAUUGAAGGAGCUUUAUCUGGGACACAAUCGUAUUUCAUUUUUGGUAAAUCAAAGUUUCUCCGGACUAUCGAAUCUGCUUUAUUUGGAUUUAAACAAAAACCAGUUGUCCUCGGUGCAAAGAGAUGCAUUUAAUGGACUAGUAAACCUUAGAAAACUGCGGCUCAGCGGCAACGAUGUCUCUUAUCUACCUAGUGGUUUAUUUUCCGACCUUAAGAUGCUGGAGUUGUUAUAUCUGGAGGACAAUAGGAUCUCAUCUUUAUCCAGAAAUGUAUUCAAAGGACUGGGGAAUCUGCGUGAGUUGUAUCUGUCAAGGAACAAUGUGACAAUCUUAUCUGGAGACGUUUUUAAACAUUUAAGAUCACUUUCGGAUAUACAAUUGGAUGAUAAUGCUAUCACGCGAAUAUGGAAUGGUAAUUUUUUGACACUUUCAGAACUUAAAACGCUCUCUUUGAGUAACAAUGUUAUUACCGAGAUCGAUUCAGGCGCGUUUAAUGGAUUAUCCAAACUGAAGGUCUUGAAUGUUGAUGGAAACAGAAUUUCAGCGAUAGGAAAACAAUUUUUGAGUCGCAGUCUUCAUUUGGAGGAAAUAGAUUUAAGCGGCAAUCAAAUCGGGACGGUGGAAGAAAGUGCAUUAGAUGGUUUACGAUUUCUAACAGUUUUGAAACUAAACAACAACAACCUGAGGUAUCUGAAUCCCGGGGUUUUUAAGACCAACCUGCAGUUAUCCAUUUUAGAUUUGCAUGAUAACCCAUGGCACUGCAACUGCGGAAUAAUUGAUCUAAAAAACUGGCUAAAAUCUUCUUCGGACAGGAUACUAACUACUUUUGUAAAGUGUUCUAUACCAGAAAAGCUUAAGGGAAUGUACCUUGAUUUUGUAAGCAGUGAAGUUAUCCAAAGCGCAGACCCAGCUUGCCCUGAUACGAUGCUCUCUGAUGAACCAGGAACAUUUAUGACUGGUAACAGAUUGGCAACGCAGCGCGACACCGAGGAAGAGAAAGAAACUCACACAAGGGCAACAGCAACCCGGGUCUUUACCAUGCCUGAUUCAUUCACAACUGUAAUUAAAAAUACAACAAAGCGCCAUAUAACAAGUGCCGAGUCAGGUAAACCUCAAAGUCUAACAACACAAGCAACAUCCUCUUAUGGUAAUCGGAGUAUGUCGCAGAAUACGGCAACACCGACACUUGUCACAACCACCGCUUUUAACAAACCAUCACAUCUGAAGAACAUUACACCCUGCGAUUACAACCAAAAUGCUAUUUUGAAUAUUUCUGCUAGGGUGGUCACCUCUAAUUCAGCAGAAAUAUCGUGGAAUCUGGCCCGCGCUGGUAAAGAACAUGUGUAUUUUAGGAUAAUGUACGACCAAUUCGAUGGCAACAUCAGAUUCAGUCGCUUCAUAAACGUCAACAAAGGCAACGUUUGUAAUCUUCGGGAUCUAAGGGCGUCAACUUCUUACUUUGUCUGCGUGGAAACCGUUGUUAAUGAGAAAGUUUGUGAAGUAGCACCAAGAGAUCUCUGCAUUGGAAUUGUCACAAAGGGCGAAGAAAACUCAACCCCCGAUCCGCAGCUCGUCAUUCUGUACAUCAGCGGAGCAAACGCGGUGGCGAUAACAAUCACCUUAGUCAUCAUUAUAUGCGCAGUUGUUAAGAAAACGAGGAAGUCUCCUCCAGACUCAUCUGUUCCGCAGUUUGUGUAGGUCUCCCUUCUGACUAUAACUCUGGAUACAAUUCUAACAGCUCCCACACCGGGACUUACCAGCCAAACGAAAUAGGUGCUAUAGAUUUGCCCCGGGUGGAUUAAAAAACACAGAUAAAGCAUCAUAGUGAUGUGUAAGAAGACUGAACAUACUUUGAACUGUAAUGUAAGCCUCAGUUAAAAAACUACAGCUUUGAAUUGGAAAUGUGUAUAUUGUAGUUGUGUGUAUAACGAUGCGAUGUAUGCAUUUGUUUUCAUUAGAAAGAAACUUUCACGCCUUAAUUCAGUCGAAGCAGCACUUGCUAGUCUAGUGUCCAGAUACCGUAUCAUACAUAUGCACGUUGUGUGAACUAAUGUAUAAUAUCUUGAGUUUAAGUGUAAGGAUGAAUGUAACUGUCCUUAUAGAUACAAACUUUAUGCAAAUACUUUCCUAUGUCUUAGACGUGCCAGUCAACAGAAAAAUAGAAAAUGUUUAAAAUAUUGUCUAGAUUAUGGUUUUAUACGUU